AUGUCCGAACAACCCCUUGAAAAGGUGCUAGGCCAAUUGGCCGAUUGUGAGCUGGAGAUGGACGAAGUCGAGAAGGAGGUCGAGAGAUUCCGAUUCACCAAGUCCAAGCCUGUGUACGAAAAAAGACGAGACUUGUUUGUGCACAUUCCCAGCUUCUGGUACAUUGUUUUGGCGGAGCACGAGGAUUUCCAGGAGUACAUCCAGACGGACGACAUGAAGUAUCUGGAGUUUAUCAAGGAGAUAUAUGUGGAGUACCUUCUAGAUGACGACCCCAUGAAAUUUAGCAUUACGUUUGGAUUCGAGGCUCCCAAUGGCGAGAUCGAGACGCAGACGGUCACGAAACGGUUUGAAAAAAUCCACGACGUUGAGACGGGAGAGGAGAAGCUGAUUUCGGACGCGGUGGACAUAAAAUGGCCUGCAGAGCUCGACAGCAUUAACCCGCACCUGAUCAAGGCCAAGGGAGAACUAGCGCCCGCCGACAAGAGGAAGUACCGUGCAGGGAUGAAAUCGUUCUUUGCCUUUUUUGCCUGGACGGGGAAAAAGCCCGGCAAGGAGUUCAGACACGGCGAGGACCUCGCUUUACUGAUUGUGGAAGACCUGUUUCCUCAUGCUACCAAAUAUUAUACAGAAGCUGCUCCCGGUCUGGGAGACGGCGCAGACGACGAGGAGGUCGUCUCAAGCAGCGAGGAGCUGGACCUCGACGACGAGCCGGCCGCAAAACGGGCCAAGACUACUCCGUGAAGUCCUCGUCGUCGGACGGCUCCGGCAGAGGUUCGGGCUCGGGAGCCAACGGCUGCUGGCGUCUGCGCUUGUUUAGCUGUCUGGAAACCGCCAUCAACGAGCCAAUGGCCGAUUCUACCACAAACCGCCGCCAUUGCGCCCACACGCUCUCGUUGAUGUCCACAAACGUGAACUCGCCGCCGUCGUCGAGCCGGAUCUCGCCGUGACGCGAGGUGUACCACUUGUACGCAAACCGCAUGCUGUAGCCAACCACCACCGCGGCCGCUGCCCACAGCAGCAGCGCAGCAAGAAGCCCACGCCGCGGAUGCAGACGGUUGAAUUCCUCCUCGCGGCCCUUGCAUGGCACAGGCGACUCGCUCUUGUCGAACUCGGUGCCCCCUUCGCACGUCGAGAGCGGGAUCUUACGGUAGCCGGUAGCCGGAUAGUACUCGACGGGCGCGUUGUCGGCAAAACAGAUGUCCUCGUGGCUGGGCGGGCUGUAGCCGGGGACGAGCCGGCAGAGACCGUCGCUGGUGAGAUAGUAGUUGAAGUCGCACUCAUAGUCCUGUCGCGUGCACUUGCAAUUGCGGACAAUUUUCGGCUCUGUCAUGGUGCGGCCGCCGAUCUGGCACAGUCUACCGGGAACUUUGCGUGUAUACUGCACUUCGUGGCCAAACAGACAGUUGUCUGCCUGGAACGGGUGUUUGGGCGUCCAAGUCUCAAAAUCAGCAUCCGAGCACUUUUUCGCGAGCAGCUGGCUGAAAUCGAUCCGGAACACUCUCGUCUUGUCACCUCUGGCCAGCGGAACCCUCGUGAAUAGCAAGAACACCAGGGAGUUAUCGCCCGGCACCGUCGAAAUGUCCUCUACCGUGACUUGCUCCUUGGUGAACUGGAAAUCGACCCACGUGUCGCCCUCGUCCACAGAGUAGCUCAGAACGUUGGUGUUGUCCUUGCCGUUCACCAGAACGAUCACCGAGCCCUGGUCGCCGUACUCCCAUAAAUAAACACCUUUCCUCACCUCUUUCCACGUUAUUCCGCCGUCCUUUGUCAAAUAGGUGUGUCCGUCGUAAUAGUUGCCGAGCUGCGGGCCGACGUUGCCCACGCCAAUCAUCAUGCCGACCGCACUGGCCGACGCAAACGUGUCGCGGUAGUCUACGCGUUCCGUGAACCCGUGCAGGUGCAACGAGCAUUGCUCGAGGCUCUGGCCACUGCACAGCCGCUGGUUUUCAGAAUCGACCACGGGCGGCUGCAACAGCGACCACUGCGCGCCGUCGUUGUGGGUGAUCAUCGACCUGACUCGCUUUUUGGCUCCUUUACUGGCGUCGCCCGGGUUGGCCACCACGUUCGUAAUAAUCAAGCCCUCGAGCCCCGUGAUCUUCUCGAAAUCAACGUAUCCGCCCUCAUCGCGGUUCGCGUUAUCGAGGAUCGCAACGUACUCCGUGCCGUUGCUGUUGGACUUGAGCAGCGUGCCGUACUCGGUGCCCGUCACGGGGUUUGUGGUCACGUGCAUAAACACGGCCUUGGAGCUGCCGGAAAGAACGGUGUAGGCUUGCCGUUUGCUGAGCUGGAUGUUUGGAGGGAGGCGUGCUGCGGCCCACGAGAUGCCGUCGAGCGAGACGUGCGGCAGCAGAGCGUCGUGGGCGGUCUCUGUUGCUGCGACCCAGUAGUCGCCGGCGCGGGCGACGCCGACGAGUCUGUCGAGCAGCGUCGAUCGACUCUUAAACAGGUCGGCCGACGCAACGAGACUCGAGCGGUACUCCGUGGCCUCGUUGGCAUCCUUCUCGCAUAGGAUCCACUCGCCGCCUGCAAACUCGCACCGCCGCACGUUCUCCUGGAUCCUCAGCCACCGCUUGCCCGACGCAUAUGUGUGGUACGCCGCCAGUCGGCACGCCUUGGAGUAGGGGUCGUUGCAUCCCUCCUGGCCCAUGAAAAUGAGCCGUUUUGGGUCCGACGGAUGGAAGUACAGCGUCGCAAUGCCUGGAACAGCCUUACUGGGCGUCCGGAACGAUUUCCAGUUGUCUGCUCUGUCCAAGGAGUACACUAUCUUGUCGUUGACGGCCAGCAGAUAAACGUUGGUCGAGCGGUACGGGUCGACGUAGAUGUCGAGAAACUCGUCGUUGGGCGCCACCUCUUCCCAAACCUGGCCCUGGUUGUGAGUCACAAAGACUUCGUUCUGGUUUGUCAGGACGAGAACGGUUUCGUCAGAGUCGCCGGGCAGUUUGUCCAAAUAAACGUAUUUCUUGACUUUUCCCUGGAACGUGAAGUAGGUGGUGCGGACCUUGCCGUCAUUGAAGCCGUUGCGCGCAUCCUGGGGCGCGCCCUCGCGCUCGUCCGGGUUUUCGCCGGAAUCUGGGCUCUGUGUGGCCUGUGUCACGUGAUCAUGGCCCUGGCCCGCGCUCGCGGUGGUGCUGGCGGCGGCAGCCAGGCUGAGUAUGCCCCCGAUAAUCCAGUACAGCGCGAGGAUCUUCAUUGCGUCCCGAAAUUAGAAAGCGGGCGGUUUAUAUAUCUCACAUAAUAGUGCCGAAAUCGCCGUGGAGAAGAAAAAAAAUCCGCCACGGCUAUAGUCCGUCGUAGUAGGAAACCAGGCUUUGUUCCUCGGCGAGCGUGCAUGCGGUCUCGACGGUGUCGACUGCUCUGAGGGCGUCGAGAAUCUCGUCGUAGUACGGCGGCGAGUUUUGCGCGAUGCCGAACUCGCUGCCCUGGGUGGUUUGUAGCAGGGCUGCUAUGCCCGAGAGCUGCAGCCGGUCGAGCAAUUUCGCACUCUUGAAGACCCUGCAGAAGAAGACAUUUAUUCCGCGCCGCUGGUAUGCAACAAUCACGUCUCGAAGGAUCUGCACGGCGGACGAGUCCACCGACGUCAUGCCGUCCAGGUCAAAUACGACGUGUCUUAUUGGCCGGUCAUUUUUCUGUGCUGCUGGGUGCACGCUGACGGAGCCACACAGCUCCAGCCGCCGCAACCGCGCCUUGAGGUCGUUCGUGUUGGUGAAAGUGAGCGGCUCCGGCACCCUGACGAUCAGACACGCCUCUCUGUCCUCUAGGCUGGGCUUGGUGGGGACCGAUUGGCCGGCGCAGCUUUGGCGGCGAUAUUCUGAGUAGCCGGGGACAAUCUCCUCGCACGGGUAGGUGGUGGUGUCGGAGCGGCCGACGGCGUUUUCGUCAAAGUCGGAGCUGACAAACUCGUCGGUGCCCGCCACCCUGGACAGAAUCUGGAUGCGUGACUUGGUGGAGUGUUUGAUCACGCGAACGACCGAGUAGAAGCAUCCGAGCGCGACGCCGAGCUCGAUAGAGUAGACGAGCGACGCGACGAGCGUGACGACGAACGUGGCCAGCUCGUUGUAGCCGCGCGUGCGCAGAUGGAAUCGCACGUCACGUGGAGUCUCCUGGACCAACGUCAGGCCGACUGUAGCGAUGAUGGCGUUCAGCACGCACAGCGGCAGGUAGUAGACGUAGCUGAGCAGGCACGUGGUGACCAGCAGCGUGGCCAGCCCCAUCACGAGGCCGGCAACGGGGGUUUUCGCCCCCAUGAACGAGUUGAGCCGGGAGCGGCCGUAGCCACCAAAGGAGGGAAGGCUACCGACAAAACUGAGCACGAGACCGGCGGUGCCGAGCGCCACGAGCUCUCUAUUUGACGAGACGGGCAUCGGGAGGCUGGAGCCAAGACUCUUGCCCGCCGAGGAGCUCUCGAAGAAGCCCAGUAUGGCACACAUGAACGACGUCGAAAACAGCUGCGGAUACCAUUGCCGCAGCUCGCUGCGGAAGGGCACCGUGAACUGGAACUCGUCAAUGUCGACCGUGCCGAGCACACGGAUGCCCUUUUUGUCGAAGCGGAAGUGCGCAGAGAGCACUGUUGAGAGCACCACCACGAACAGGAUCUCGGGGAAAAAAGACGCCGCGCGCACGUGACGCCGGGCAAUUGUCUUUUUCAGCGUGCUGGCCGCCAGCAGCACGAACAACGCUGCGGUGCCGACCGCGAGGGUGGCCGCGUGGUACUGGUGGCCGUGCUGCCAGAUGAAUCUCACCUUCUCCGCGGCCGAGUGCACGUGCUCGUCGGGCGGCAGCAGCAGCAGCACCGUGUCGAUGCCGAGAAUCGCGAUCGUUGAGUUGACAAUCAUGGUUAGCCCGAUCGCGGCGACAAAGCCGCGGAGCAGCGUGCCGCACAGCACGUUGUCGAUGAAGCCGAAACGCAGCAGCCCGAACACAAGCAAAAUCACGCCUGAAAACGAUGUGAUCACCACAAGAAUAUCCACAGGAUUCACGCCGUCAUUGUGCUUGACGACUUUCUCGAUCGCUUGCCCGAUGAUCAUCGACACGGCCGCUUCGGGCCCCACAAUCAUCUGUGGCACAGUGCCCAGCACUGCGUACACAGCGGGCGCGAGCGACAGCCCCAGCAGGCCGCACACGGGCGGCACGUGCGCCACCGCGUUGGCGAAAGACAUGCUCAGCGGGAUCUGAUACGACGCCAGAGACAGCCCGGCCACCACGUCGUGCACAAAUAGGUCGAGGCCGUAUGCGGGCAACCACGAUGAGCAGGGCAAAUAAUACGCCGCCUUCUGGGAUAGUGUCAGGACAGGCGACUCGCGCACACGCACAACGUGCCGCGACAUACUGGCAGACCCCAUCGAUCGCGAGCCGUCGCUGUCGCUGACCGCCCCGUACAACAGGGCGGGCGAGCCAAGAGCGGUAGAGGGAACACGGCCGUGGCCCAGCCUGAGCGAGCCGUCGCGCGAGUCUUUUUCUCU